CAACAAUAACAAACUUAAAGUGGUUGCAUGGAGCCAAGUGUGUAUGUAGACUGUUGGCAGCUGAUUCAGCGUUUUGGACGUGCUGCCGACGAGUCGCAGGAUGCAAAUUUCGAGCUGUUCUCCCAAUGCUGGCUUGAGAUGCAGAUGCAACACAUUUACUCAGCGCAAACCAACCACGUCGAGGUAAUGGAGACCACGAUGGCGGCACUGCACGUAGCUAAAAGAGUUGCAUGUGGUCGCAAAACAAACGGUGAUAUGUUUGAGGCAAAGCGUGCUCAACGCAUUGGUGGCAUCUACUUGCUCUAUGCCAUCUAUAAUAAGCAGCCAACGAAGCACUUUGUUAAAAUUGAGGUUUCACCGCGUACUUGGGAGUCACUUACCAGCUACGUAGAGCAGCUGCGUCUUCAGACCGGCGAAAGACGUGAUACGCAGCAAGUCAGUUACAUCUUUUGGAAACUAGUCCAAGAGAAUGCCUUCCUCUACACGGCACUGGACUAUUGCCAGGCACUGGAUGCACUCGCCGCCUAUGACCACUUGGAAAGCAUUGCGAUUGCAAAGCAUCAGAAUAACCACACUUCCGCUCUAUUAAAACAGCAGUUAAAACCAAGCAAGGUCUAUCUUAACGAGGAGCUGAAUGGUCUAUCGGAUCUGGCCUCCAUUUCCAAGCCGCUCUGCCAGCUGCAGGAGGCGUACAACAAGCAAAUGGUACGCCACCGUUCCUCGUUUGCUGCCACGCAGAUCUUCAGUCAGUUGCAGGAUGUAUUCUCUGAAGCCAACGAUAAACUGAUGGGAAACAAGCCACCAGCCACGACCAGUGAAGCAAAUGAUCAACUGGAUGUGAGAAAACGCGUUCGGCAAAAAGCGAUGUUUGGAGAAGCCAUUGAAGCAAUGUCCACAGACGACGAGGAAUCAGAGCAGCCGUCGCCCAAACCUAUCACUCUGCACGAGCGUCGCAUGUCCUCAGCGACGGUAUUUGAAGCCAAACUGCCAGAGGAUGUACUGAAAAAUUUGCAAUCUUAAUAGGACUUUUUAGGUUUCUAUGGAUAUAUCUAAGGAAUUAAACAGACGCUCACGAAGUUGUAAGAAUGAAGUAGAAGAAUGCCUCGCAAUUAAGCGUAAGCCUACUCCAAGAGGGAUUGGGCGGAUGGAAAGACUCAACAGAUUAUAUUUUGGCAUUUUAUCCAAACUAUCAGCAACUGAGCCAUCAUAAAGGUAAAACUACAUGUUGUUGAGGUUUUGCUUGGAAUCAGAAUACUUAUGGAAUUUUAGGAUGAUCUUCUGGAAGAUCUAAUUAAAGAGUUCCUUGAAUUAGAUUAGAUUAGAGUGCAAGUCCAGAAGGCUUAACAAAUAUACAUACAAGGCAUACAAGAUCAAUUGAAUCGUUAUUUCGCAGAGAACUCUUUAAUAGAGCACACGCGAGACCAUUCUUAUGGUGAUUCCAGAUGGUGAUCACCAACCAAACGUUAUUUUUGAUAAGUAAUAAAAUUUAUUUGGAAUAAAAAAAAGUAAAUUUGCAA